AAAGCAUGCCAAUGAACUUUAAUCUAGAAAAGACAAUUGUCAUUGACUUAAAGUGGAGUAAUCUUGUGAAAGUAUGGGAGCAAAGCCAGUUGCUGGAAGGGUUGAAAAGUCUCAAUCUCAGUCAUUCUCAUCACUUGACAGAAACACCUGACUUUUCAAAGGCACCGUACCUUGAAAAGUUAAUACUCAAAGACUGUCCAAGUUUGUCCAUAAUUCACCCUUCCAUUGGUGAUCUUAAACAUAUUGUUUUGUUAAAUUUAAAGGAUUGCAAAAGCCUCAAACACCUCCCAGGCAGUGUAUAUAACUUGAAAUCCUUGAAGACCCUUUAUCUUUGUGGUUGUUCAAAGAUUGAAAAGUUAGAAGAAGACAUUGGGCAAAUGGAAUCUUUGACAAUUCUAGAUGCAAAUCAAACUGCUAUAGCACAAGUGCCAUUCUCAUUAGUAAGAUUGAAAAGCAUCAAAUAUGUGUCUUUGUGUGGUUAUGAAGGAGUCUGUCGCGAUGGGCCUAUCACAUUCCUCAUUUUCAAGAAGAUGUGA